GGAGGGGCUGCCGGCCUCGCCGACAGCUCCUUCCUGCUUCCCGCACGUCCUCGCCGCCGCGCCGCAGGUCGGGUCGUGAGUCCCGGCCGAGAGCUGCCUGCCGCCGCCGCCGCCGCCGCCGCUGCCCGGCCCGCGCCCCCGCCUCGCCCCGCGGCCCGCCCGUCCCCCUCGCGACCGCUCCGGAGCCCGCGCCGCCCCCGCGCCCCCGGCCAUGCUGUCCUUCCAGUACCCCGACGUGUACCGCGAUGAGACCGCCGUACAGGAUUAUCAUGGGCAUAAAAUUUGUGACCCUUACGCUUGGCUUGAAGACCCAGACAGCGAGCAGACAAAGGCUUUUGUGGAGGCCCAGAACAAGAUCACUGUACCAUUUCUUGAGCAGUGUCCUCUCAGAGGUUUAUACAAAGAGAGAAUGACUGAAUUGUAUGACUAUCCCAAGUACAGCUGCCACUUCAAGAAAGGGAAGAGGUAUUUCUAUUUUUACAAUACAGGUUUGCAGAACCAACGAGUAUUAUAUGUACAGGAUUCCUUAGAGGGUGAAGCCAGAGUGUUCCUUGACCCCAACAUACUCUCCGAUGACGGCACGGUGGCGCUCCGAGGCUAUGCAUUCAGUGAAGAUGGUGAAUAUUUUGCCUAUGGUCUGAGUGCCAGUGGCUCAGAUUGGGUGACGAUCAAGUUCAUGAAAGUCGAUGGUGCCAAAGAGCUUCCAGAUGUGCUCGAAAGAGUCAAGUUCAGCUGUAUGGCCUGGACCCACGAUGGGAAGGGAAUGUUCUACAACGCAUACCCACAACAGGAUGGGAAAAGUGAUGGCACAGAAACAUCCACCAAUCUCCACCAAAAGCUCUGCUACCAUGUCUUGGGGACUGAUCAGUCAGAAGAUAUUUUGUGUGCUGAGUUUCCCGAUGAGCCUAAGUGGAUGGGUGGAGCUGAGUUAUCUGACGACGGUCGCUACGUCUUGUUGUCGAUAAGGGAGGGGUGUGAUCCCGUAAACCGACUCUGGUAUUGUGACCUCCAGCGGGAACCCAGCGGCAUCACCGACAGAAAAGAUCCAUUCCCCCCACUACAUACAAACCACACCAUUUCAACCCCUGGAGAGGUGACAGAGGUGCUUGGUCUCUCACCAGGAAUCCUGAAGUGGGUGAAACUGAUCGACAACUUCGAAGGGGAAUAUGACUAUGUAACCAACGAGGGCACGGUGUUCACGUUCAAGACAAAUCGCCAUUCUCCCAACUACCGCCUGAUCAACAUUGACUUCACAGAUCCCGAGGAGUCCAAGUGGAAGGUGCUUGUUCCUGAGCAUGAGAAAGACGUCUUAGAGUGGGUAGCUUGCGUCAGGUCCAACUUUUUGGUGUUAUGCUACCUCCAUAACGUAAAGAACAUUCUGCAGCUUCACGACCUAGCCACCGGUGCUCUCCUCAAGACCUUCCCGCUUGAGGUCGGCAGCGUCGUGGGGUACAGCGGUCAGAAGAAGGACACCGAAAUCUUCUAUCAGUUUACUUCCUUUUUAUCUCCAGGUAUCAUUUAUCACUGUGAUCUGACCAAAGAGGAACUGGAGCCCAGAGUCUUCCGAGAGGUGACUGUGAAAGGAAUCGAUGCUUCCGAUUACCAGACAGUUCAGGUUUUCUACCCUAGCAAGGAUGGUACGAAGAUUCCAAUGUUCAUCGUGCAUAAAAAGGGCAUAAAAUUGGAUGCCUCUCAUCCCGCUUUCCUAUACGGCUACGGCGGCUUCAACAUAUCUAUCACACCCAACUACAGUGUGUCCAGGCUCAUCUUUGUGAGACACAUGGGUGGCGUCCUUGCAGUGGCCAACAUCAGAGGAGGUGGGGAAUACGGAGAGACGUGGCAUAAAGGUGGUAUCUUGGCCAACAAACAAAACUGCUUUGAUGACUUCCAGUGUGCUGCUGAAUAUCUUAUCAAGGAAGGUUACACAUCUCCCAAGAGGCUGACUAUUAAUGGAGGUUCAAAUGGAGGCCUCUUAGUAGCUGCAUGUGCAAAUCAGCGUCCUGACCUCUUUGGUUGUGUUAUUGCCCAAGUUGGAGUAAUGGACAUGCUGAAGUUCCAUAAAUACACUAUUGGUCACGCCUGGACCACUGAUUAUGGGUGCUCAGACAACAAACAACACUUUGACUGGCUCAUCAAAUAUUCUCCACUGCACAACGUGAAGCUACCAGAGGCAGACGACAUCCAGUACCCGUCCAUGCUUCUCCUCACUGCGGACCAUGACGACCGCGUGGUCCCGCUUCACUCCCUGAAGUUCAUUGCCACCCUUCAGUACCUGGUGGGCCGCAGUCGGAAGCAGAACAAUCCCCUGCUUAUCCACGUGGACACCAAGGCAGGCCACGGGGCUGGGAAGCCCACAGCCAAAGUAAUAGAAGAAGUGUCAGACAUGUUUGCAUUCAUAGCGCGCUGCCUGAACAUCGACUGGAUUCAGUAAAUGGCAUUUCCCACUCCCUCUGACCACUGCGGAAAACCUCAAGGGCUCUCACACCAUUAAAACCGAGAAACCACUGGGCGUAAUGCCUCCCCACACGAACACUGUUCCUGCACUCACGGACUGCAGAUGAACAGAACUGCCGUGGGAAUUUUAUCUUUUCUAGGCUUCUCCUUUUUAGCAGGCCCUUGGCGUUUCUUUUUCCACCCUGUGCAGGCACAUAUUUUAAAAGGAAAAAAAGGCAUGUUCGGAUAAAUAGCUAAUGGCAGCCAACACAUUGUGAAUAUUAGAUUGCUGAAUUCAGAGUCAUGGUCAGGCAUACUUCAUAUAGAGCACCUCAGUGAAACUUGCUUCUCUAACUAUAACCAAUAUACCUUUACAUAAAUGUGAGACUUGUUCUCCUGAAAAAGACUUCUUUGCAACAAUAAUAAAUGUUAUUUAAGAAUGA